UUACCUUGAGCAAACACACCCAGGAGAGACCAGUGAGUUGAUAAGCCUGUCUGGUUCAGUACACGUGUGUGACAAGGUAGUCCUCUUCAGUGUUUCAGAUUUGGGGUAACAGAAAUGCUCACAGUCUGAGGAGCUAGUCUUUCAACCUCUACACUACAAGACAAGUCUUGCUCCAAUCUCAUCAAUGGACUAAACAAACCAUUCAAAGGAGAACAGGCUUCUACUUGCCACACAGCUACCAAAGUUCAACAACCAUUUCCUUUCAACUGACCCAUCCUUUUAAACUUCUGCCUUAAAAUCAUCACACACACACGGAGACAGUGUCCAAGAUGCCUCUGAAGACCGCCAUGUACUUCAAGUCUGCCACCUUGCGUUCGACCCGCAAGCAGAAGCGCCUGUCCGUCAACAUGAUCAGCCUGCCAUUGGGCGACUUCCGCCACCUCUCUCACAUCGGUCUGGACGCCAGGGGUGAGGCUAUCGGUGACCUCUCGGCUCUCCAGAGGAGCGGCAGCCUAAUCCUCCGCAGCUCCCAGAGCCACCAGGACCUCUUCCAGACCGCCACCCCCAACGGGUCCCCCCCACCUCCCCCCAAGCCCCCUCGGCUCCUGAGUCCGGAGGAGAGGAAGGCACAGGCCAUAACCAAGCCCAGUUCCCUCUCCCAAGGUCGCAAACACAAAAAGUGCCAUUCUCUGCCUUUGCUCGAUACCAUCGAGGUGGUGGAAUGUGAUGAUCAUGGACAAGAGCAGUCCAUGCCAGCACAGCAGGAAGGGAGAAAUGCAGGUUUGACAAUGCAGCUGGGGGUUUCAAAAUUGGAUGGGGGCUCCACCCACAUCCCAUGUUCCCUGGUGGAGGCCCCCGUAGUGGAAGAAGAUCCAUGCUUUGCCUUGGACCUUGACUUGGGGCCUUCCAUUCUGGAGGAUGUGCUACAUGUGAUGGACAGGCUCCACCAGUGAGACUUUAGGCUCGGUGGAAAUUCUAGCAGAUGGGAUUUCAUUUUAAGGUACUUUUUAAGCACCAACCUGUAUAUAUGAACAAAAUCUCGAUUUGUCGAAGGACGCUAAUGUAAACCUAUGUUCUUAGGCUACUAUAAGUAGAAAUGUAUCGUGAGUGCUUCUACUUGAAGCCCUUAUUUUCCGAGAAAUUAGAGAAACAGGAAUAUAUUAGACUUUUCUUCACUUGACUCAUGGUAUUUGAGAACAGCUGUGAUGUCACAUAGUGUGGGACAGACACAGAAACUGUGUGUGUCACAAAGUUCCAGACACUCAACUAUGAGACAGAGCUGUGUGUGUGACAAAUGUUUAUGACUAACACUUGUCAGUAAAACCUUAUUGUGAAAGCACCAGUUGGUUAUUUUGUGCUGACAAUACAGGCUAACGUACACUAUUGUACUGGGAUAUCAUUGCAUCAGGCUGGAGGUAACUGUGACUCAUGAUUCAUGCAGGACAUUUUUUAUUUUAAACACACACAAAAACACAAAACCUUUGGUUGCCAACAGUUAUACUGUAACACUUCCAGUGACAGUGAACAUGGUGGCUAUAUAGAUGAACAUGUUGUCAGUUCAUUUUAUAGGUCACUUUGGGAGGUAUCUCACGUGAUUGCUUAAGCAAGCAGUGAAAGCUAAUCUAACUUGGACAAUAAACCACUGUAGUUAUGCCUAUGUAUGCAUCUUUAUGACAUGGUUCAAACAGUCAAUAAAAAUCUCAGGAAAUGACAGUCUUGAAAGAAGUUAGCGGGCAAUUAUUUUCUCUAUUGUGCUUUGAAGGAAAACUGUUGAAACAAAUGUGGGGAUUUCUUCAUAUUAGGAAGAGUUCUGGUUUUGCUUGCGUUAAUGCACUACUGCUGAUCUUUUUCUGAACAACCCUUUUAACUAAAUGUGAAAUAACGAGCAUACAAUACUUCUGUGUCAUGCCUUUUUCUGUCACUACAUGCAGACAAUACUGCCAACUUGUGGUGGCAAAACAGACAGCAUGUGCAAAGUGCUGUGUUUUUUCACCAACAAACUAUUAUAAAUUGUGUAAGAAAAUACAAAGUUUCUGAACCAAGUUUCUUGUUUAACUUAUUGUUGUAUCAUUGUUUUCACUGGCUAUAUAUGGUGAACACAAAGUGUAGCAAGGUAGACUUCUAUUAAACAACAAUAUGUCAGUGAAGAUUUCAAUGUAAAUCAAAAUCCUUCACUUCAAGGUUUUUAACCGACCAUGUUUGACAUUUACUCACAAACUUACAAAACAAGUUAGCGAAGGGCUUGU